AUUUCAUUUGCUCAUAUCAACUAAUAAGCUGAGACCAAAAACCAAAGGGAAGUUGAGAAGUUUCUGGAGAAGGGAAAAAUGGGGAAGCAGCCGGUGAGGAUGAAGGCAGUGGUGUACGCGCUGUCACCGUUUCAGCAGAAGGUGAUGCCUGGUCUCUGGAAAGAUCUGCCGACGAAGAUCCAUCACAAGAUCUCCGAGAACUGGAUCAGCGCCACCCUCCUUCUCGGCCCACUCGUCGGCGUCUACUCGUAUGUUCAGAGCUACCAGGAAAAGGAGAAGUUGGAGCACAGGUACUGAAGCUAUGCAUUCAGUCAAUAGCUGUUGAAAUUGCCAGAAGACUCUAGUUUUUCUUGUUUCUCAUGCAAAUAAGUUUGAGUAUUUUAUUGGUUAUUGGUUAAACUUAUACUUCAAUGUUGAGCUUUGCUACUGGGAAUUCCAGUUCUUGUCUUGACUUGUACUUGUUAAAUUGACAAUUUUUUGGGGGUAUUUCUAGAUUGAUGUAUUGGUUUGGUGCCAAAUUAAUAGAAUAAUGCUUAUAUGGCUUAUGUGCCUACAACCCAAUACAUAUCUAAUGAGAAUUGAGAUGUUGACAUCA